AUGGCGCGGAGUGCGGAGGGCGCCGCGCUGCUUCUCCUGGUAAGUGCGGGCAGCGGGGACGCGGCGCCCCGGGCGGGCGAGGGCGCGGGCGCGGGCGGGCGCCGGGCUCGUGCCCUGACCUGUCCGCCUGCGCCUGAGCGGAGCCCGGCGCCGGGCGCUCCUUCUUUGUGCCCCGAGGUGGGGAAGGGCUGGGCAGGCUGUGGCGAGCCCGAACCUCGAGGCUUCGGAAAAGUCGCUGGAUCUCCGCGGGCGUGUGGGAAACCGCCUGAAGUUCUGCUUUGCUGGCCGCCUCACGCCGGCCCUAGCGCCUCUUCUGGCUGUGGUCCGUGGGUGUCGUGGUUCCGGAGCACCUUUCCUGGAGAUCCGGGCUUUGUUUGCAGUCUUCUCCCUCGGACGGGCAACACGGACGCAGGGGAGACAGCGGCCGUGCCUUCGUGCGGGUUCGGGCGGUUCUCCGCCGUCCGGGCCGCGUCAAUCUUCUUUAACUUUGGAAAUGGACUCCAUUUAGAGGUCUUAAACCCAGGAAAUGAACAUACUCUGCUUCCUAAACACACUCACUUAGUGCGGCAAAAGCGGUCCUGGAUCACCACCCCUGUGGUUCUUCGGGAAGGAGAGGAUCUGUCCAAAAGGAAUCCGAUCGCCAAGAUACAUUCUGAUCUUGCAGAAGAAAGAGGACUAAAAGUUACAUACAGAUACACUGGAAAAGGGAUCACAGAGUCACCGUUGGGCGUGUUUGUCUUUAAUAAAAACACAGGAGAAUUGAACAUCACCAGGAUUCUUGAUCGAGAAGAAACACCAAGUUUUCUGCUAGUUGGUUAUGCUUUGGAUGAAAGAGGAAACAGUCUUGAGAAACCAUUAGAACUCCGCAUUAAAGUUCUUGAUAUCAAUGACAACGAGCCAGUGUUCACACAGGACGUCUUCGCUGGGUCUAUUGAAGAGUUGAGUGCUGCAGAUACCCUUGUGAUGAAAAUCAGUGCAACAGAUGCAGAUGAGCCCAAUACUCCGAAUUCUAAAAUUUCCUACAGAAUUGUAUCUCAGGAGCCUGCUUAUCCUCCAGUGUUCUACUUAAAUAAAGACACAGGGGAGAUUUAUACAACCAGUUUUACUUUGGACAGAGAGGAACACAGCAGCUAUACUUUGAUAGUGGAAGCAAGAGACGGCAAUGGACAAAUAACAGAUAAACCAGUAAAUCAAGCUCAAGUUCAGAUUCGUAUUUUGGAUGUCAAUGACAACAUACCUAUAGUCAAAAAUGAAAUGACUGAAAUGCUAAUUGAAGAAAAUCAAGCCAAUGUAACAGUGAUGCACAUAGACGUGUUUGAUGCAGAUGAAAUAGGCUCUGAUAAUUGGUUAGCAAAUUUUACGUUCGUGUCAGGAAAUGAAAUGGGUUAUUUCCACAUAGAAACUGACACUCAAACUAAUAAAGGAAUUGUGACUCUUAUUAAAGAAGUAGAUUAUGAAGAAAUAAAGAAUCUUGAUUUCAGCAUUACUGUCACCAACAGAGCAGCUUUUCACAAAUCAGUUAAGGAUAAAUAUAAGCCUACAUCCUUUCCCUUCAAAGUAAAGGUGAAAAAUGUGAAAGAAGGCAUUCAUUUUAGAAGUAGCACAAUCUCCGUUCAUGUUAGCGAGAGCAUGGAUAAGUCCAGCCAAGGCCAAAUAAUUGGAAAAUUUCAAGCUUUUGACGAAGACACUGGACAAGUAGCUCAUGUAAGAUAUGAAAAAUUGGAAGAUAGAGACAACUGGAUCUCUGUGAAUCCUGCUACAUCUGAAAUUAAACUUGUAAAAAUUCCUGAUUUUGAAUCCAGAUAUGUUCAAAAUGGUACAUACACUGCAAAGAUUUUGGCAGUAUCUGAAAGUUAUCCAAGAAAAACCAUCACUGGCACCAUUGCUAUCACAGUGGAGGACAUCAAUGACCACUGUCCCACACUGGUCGACCCAGUGCAGACUGUCUGUGACAACGUGCCGUACGUGAAUGUGACCGCAGAGGACUUGGAUGGGUCCCAAAACAGUGGGCCUUUCAGUUUCUCCAUCAUCGACAAACCGGCUGGAAUGGCAGAAAAAUGGCAAAUAGUACACCAAGAAAGCACCAGUGUGCUUCUGCAACACAAGGAACUAAAGCCUGGAAGACGUGAAAUUCAGUUUCUGAUUUCGGAUAGUCAGGGCCUCAGUUGCCCUGAAAAGCAAGUGCUUCAACUCACCAUCUGUAAGUGUCUGGAAGGCGGCGGUUGCGUGGAACGCCUGCAGGACUCCUACGUUGGCCUGGGACCCGCAGCCAUUGCGCUAAUAAUUCUUGCCCUUCUGCUCUUGCUACUUGUACCACUUUUAUUGCUGAUGUGCCAAUGUGGAGAAGGCGCCAAAGGCUUCACCCCGAUUCCUGGCACGAUAGAGAUGCUGCACCCUUGGAAUAACGAAGGGGCGCCACCUGAAGACAAGGUGGUGCCUUUGCAUGUGGCAGCAGAUCAUGGAGAGAAUGUAGGAGCAGACAUGAGAGUGGGAGGUAUAAUGACCAAGGAAACCACAAAAGAAAGUAGGUCUGCCUUCCCCAAAGGGUAUCCUGAGGUGACUGAGGUGGAUGGAAGAUGGGAAGAACACAGAAGCCUGAUUUCUGGUCAAGUGACCGAAGGGACAGGGACAACAGGAGCCAACAUAGGUGCUGAUGGGACAAGGAUCAUGAAAGUCCCAGGAUCUUCCAGAGAUCUGGUCGGAGCUCAAGCAGCUGCUGUUCUGGUCAAUGAAGAAUUCUUAAGAAGUUAUUUCACUGAGAAAGCUGCCUCUUACACUGACGAAGACGACAUUCACACAGGCAAAGAUUGCCUUCUGAUUUAUUCUCAGGAAGACACUGAGUCUCUCCAUGGUUCCAUUGGCUGCUGCAGUUUUAUUGAAGGAGAACUCGAUGAUCAUUUUCUAGAUGAUUUAGGGUUUAAAUUCAGGACACUAGCUGAAAUUUGCUUGGGUCAAAAAAUAGAUAUGGAUGGGGAAAUUGAGCCAAGGCAAAAACCUGUGGGAGCAUCAAGUAUGAAGGCAACUUCCCAUUCAUUCAGUGAGCAAACCAGGAUUAAUUCGGAGAAUGCCUACUUCACUGGUAGUAGCUUUCAAGUUCCAAAACCUUUGCCUGAAGCAAACACAGAGAAAGUAACUCAGGAGAUAGUCACCAAAAGUUCUCAAUCUUCCAGGCAGAGUCAGAAGGUAGCUACAUGGCUCCCUGAUCCACUGGCUUCUGGUAACGUUGUAGUAACAGAAACUUCUUAUGCCGCAAGCUCCACGAUGCCGCCAAGCACUGUGAUCCUGGGUCCUGGCCAGUCCCAGGCCCUUAUUGUGACCGAGCGGGUGUACGCGCCAGCCCCUCCCUUGGUAGAGGAGCAGUAUGCUAAUGACGGUAGUGUCGUGGUUACCGAGAGAAUCAUGCAGCCCAACGGGGGCCUGCCUGGUUCUCUGGAAGGCGCUCAGCCUCUGCUAGAUGCGCAUUAUGUUAUGGUGAGGGAGAGAGAGCGCUUCCUGGCCCCCAGCUCGGGGCUGCCGUCCCCUCUGGCCGUGCCCGCUGCAGCAGCAGGAGGGGACAUGACAGUGACAGAAAGGGUGCAAACCUCUGCCUCCGGUUACCGAUUUCCUACUGAAACCUCACGGAUGGCCAGAAAGACAGAGGUUUCUGGAGCCGCGGUCCAUGGCCCCCUGCCAAAUUUCAGUUUAGAGGAGUCUGGUCAUUCUAUUUCUACUCGUACCAGAGUCUCCAAGCACAGCAUUGUACAGCAUUCUUACUCCUAAAUCGUAGUCCUCCAGAGUCUGACCCAGGGUCCCAUUUCAUGUGUUCAAUGGGCCAGUCUUUUGAUGAGCCUGUAGACUUAAGAGACAUACACAUUGGGCUUAAAACACUGCUCCAUCACUA